AUGAAUCCAUUUACGCAUUUGCUAUUACUCUCUCUGUUAACUUUCAUAGGCUCCUUCCUCGCUGGCAGCAUCCCUUUGGCAUUCUCUCUAACUCCUGAACGUUUACGAUUUGUGUCGACAUUCGGGGCUGGACUUCUAGUCGGGACGGCAUUAAGUGUAAUAUUGCCAGAAGGUGUUGAGACGCUUUAUAGUAUCCAAUUACAGGAAAGCAGCAAACACGAUGUCAAUGUUGUACCGACAUCAGCCGGUGCUCACGAUCAGCUAGCCGAUGACAGCAGAGAUCCUGCUGCUGAAGAGGAUGAACAUCACCAUAAUAAACGUGACAGAUAUAGUACUAUCAAACCAAGGACUGUCGAACACAAGCACGGGUUUGAAGCACACAAAUACAUCGGACCAUCGCUUUCACUCGGGUUUAUCUUCAUGUUUUUGCUGGAGCAUCUAGGGCCUAGUCAACACCCCCAUACUACUGAUGCUGUUCUAGCCGAUACGCCGAAUCCAAACGAGAACAAACCUAAAAAAACAAUGGCUGCUACAAUUGGGUUGUUGGUUCAUUGUGCUGCUGAUGGGAUUGCUCUUGGAGCCGCUGCUUCUGCUGAUAGGUCGAAUUUGGAGUUUAUUGUGUUUCUAGCGAUUAUACUGCACAAGGCUCCGUCGGCCUUUGGAUAUGUCUCAUUCUUGAUGUCUGAAGGGCACACACGAAGAUCUGUGAGGCAACACUUACUUGCAUUCUCUGCAUCAGUUCCAGUAUCCGCUGUAUUGACUUAUGGACUGUUGCACUCGGUAUUCGCUGUAGACAAUACAUCGACACAACCGCCAUCGACAACACCAUCACUCGCAUCCGCAACUGAAAGUAACGACAUGUCGAAAUGGACUGGAAUAUUGCUGCUCUUCUCAGCUGGAACAUUCUUAUAUGUUGCUACUGUACAUAUCUUGCCCGAAAUAUAUAGGCCUGUAGAGUUACAUUCACAUAGAGCUGGAGAGAAUGGAAUCCUGCUGACUACAAGGCCUACGGGAGAUGAUGAUGGUGGUAGGAUGCAUGAUCAUCAUUCUCAUGGAGAGAAGAGCUUGUCACGAACACAAAUUCUGGCAUGGGUUUUGGGUGCACUGGCGCCUUUCGUGCUUGCUAUCGAGCACGCCCACUGA